AUGGGUUGUGGUUAAUCAUCUGCUUCAUUUUUUGAAUCCAGAGGCUUGAUUUACAUUUAUUAUGGUACUACAUCUGGAAACUCGAGUAGACUGGCAUUUACUUUUGCUAACGAAACAAGAAAAUUAAACUUUCUACCUAAGGGUAAGGAUGUUAUCUAAAAUAUAGUAAUUAAUCUUAGUGAAUUUGAACCUGAUUAAAUAAGUUCAUAGAAGCUGGCUGUGUUUUUUGUCUCUACAUAUGGAGUUGGAUCCUGCUCCUCUGAUGCUUAAAAGUUUAAUUCUUGGAUUUUUUCAAAAGAGAGAAAAAAUGAUGAAUUCAAUAAUAUGUCUUAUAUAGUAUUUGCUCUUGGGAAUACUAAUCAUGAAAAUUAUUGUUAAUUUGGAAUAAAACUAGAUAAAAGAUUAGAAGAACUUGGAGCAAAAAGACUCUUUGCUUUAGGUAAAGGUAAUGCAGCUGAAAAUACAACUGAAAAUGAUUAUCAAAAUUGGAUAAAUACAGGAGUAGAAUAAACUCUUAUAUAAACAUAUCCAGCAUAGACAUGUGAUCCAAAAAAGUUUGAAUAAUCAAUUUAAAAGAUCAAAUAUACAAAUGAAUCAGAAAAUGAAAAUCAUCCUAAUUUAGAUUAUUAGGCAUAAAAAUAUAAAAAUAGCAUUACUUUUACUAUAAAUGAAAUAAAAGAACUAAAGAAGAAACCAACACUUGGAAACUCAACUCUAUUUAUUGAUCUUAUUGCUGAUAAUAUUAACUAUGUAACAGCUUGUAAUAUUGCUAUUUAUCCAUAGAACUCAGAGUAAUAUAAAUAUUUUAUUUUUAGUCAAGAUAUCAAUGAAUUAUGUAAUUAACUUAGAUUUGAUAAAAAUAUGAAAUUUGAAAUCAUUACAACAUCUAAACAUCCAUUUCCUAAUCCUAUUUCAAUCUACAAUUAUUUAAAAAAGUAUAGAUAAUAUUUAUUAAAAUAGAUAUUGUGAUUUUACUGGUUUGAUAACAAAAAAAUAAUUAAUGGAAUUAUCUAAUUAGGUUAUUAAUAAAUAACAUAAAGAGGAAUUAUUAAAUGCUGCUUCAUUUGAAGGAAGAGAAUUCUAUGAUGAAAAUUUUAAUAAAAAGAGAGAAAAUUUGCUUACAGUUAUAAAAAAAUACAAUAUACGCAAUUUAUCUAUUGAAUAAUUAUUAGAAAUAUGUCCUUUGAUAAAUCCUAGAUUUUUCACCAUAGCAUCUAGCAAUAUGAAAUAUCCAAAAAAUAUUCAUAUUUUAGCUAGUUAACUUAUUUUGUAUGAAAAAAGACUUGGACUUUGUAGUUAAUAUUUUUCAAAUUUAAAAAAAGGAUCUGUGUUAAAAGGGUAUCUUUCUGAUUCUAAAUUUGUUUUCCCUAAAAACCCUAAAGUUCCAAUAUUAUUAAUUGGACCAGGAGCAGGAUUGGCUCCAAUGAGAGCUUUGAUUUAAGAAAGAGAUUAUUAUUUGGAAUCUAAUAAUUUAGAGAAAUGUCCUUUAUAAGGAAAUAUGGAAUUAUUAUUUGGAUGCAGAACUGAAGAUGAAUAUUUUUUUGAAGAAGAACUUAAGCAUUAUGAAAAGAAUGGUGCUUUAAGUAAUUUGAAAGUUGCCUUUUCAAGGAAGACUAUAAAACAAUAUGUGACAGAUAUUAUGGAUUUAAACUAAAUACAUUCGCAUUUAUCAAUGGAAGGAAUAAUUUACAUUUGUGGAUCUUCAUAAAUGGGUAGAGAUAUUACAAACAAAAUAUAGGAUAUGUAUAAAGAUAUAGAAAAUAUUGCACCUUAUUUAGCAUUUAAAAAAAUUAGUGAAUUGGAACAGAAAUAAUAGCUAAUUACAGAAUUAUGGGGAUGA